UUGACUCAUGCAUCUGUAGAUGCGGUAGCCCAGGAAGAUUAUGAACAGUUGAUGGAUGAGGAUUUUGUGAAGUCAGAAGCUGUGAUUCCGUGGUUACCGAUGGAAGUAUACACCAAGAAAGAAGGAGAGCGCACACCAAGUUCAUCUUUGUUGUUCUCGAUGAUGUUGAGUGUUAUUGUGGGUAUGGAAACUACCAUAGUAAUUAAUAAAAACAGGAUAAUGAGAAAUACCAUAAAGUAGAAAUACAUAGGGACACCAGUUCCAAAGAUCCUGAAGGUCUCAGCAGAUGUCCAAAACGAGAAUCUCUGUAACUCUUUAACGUCCUUUAUUAACUUGUGCUUACAGCAGGGACAUUCCUUGCCUUCAGGGAUAAUUAUUGACUCAGUCUUUGUACGUAGUGACGAACUGGUGUCAUUUAGUUUAGCUGCUUCUUCAGAAGUGAGAUAGACUUUGGAGACCAGGCCGUGGUAUUCGGCGAUUUCUUUGCUUGGGGGAAUUUGGGUGAGGAUUUUUUCUUUUUCUUUGAGGAAGUCGGAGGGGAGGUUUUUGUUGGUUGUUCGGUUUAUGAAGGCUAAGGUGUGGGUGUCGAAGAGUUGGGGGUUGAGGGUGUCGGAAGAGGUUGAGGAGAUACUUGCCUCGUAUUUUGAUUUCUGGGUGUUUUGGGAAGUACUCAUUU